AUGUCGUUUAAGGACUUCCCAUUUUUGACUCCUGAGGAGUUUUCCGAAAUAUGCCAUCAUUUCGAUAGCCAGUAUUGCCGUGCUACCUUGGGCCCGAUGCGACGGCGUUGGAAAAUGAGGGUAUGCACGGCACUUGAUACAUCAUUCGCCUCGGGCGUUGAAUACACUACUUAUUUGCAAAUCAUCCGGCCACUCGAGGCUACUUUGGACUGCGGCGAUCUCUCAUCCGUUCUGGAUAAUUUUUCAUUUGGCGAUGGUGCUUCGGAAAAGGAUGCUCUGGGACUGGGUGAUGAGGCCAUGAUUGAUGCUGAAGAAUCCGACGAGGCUGCGCUCUCCAGGUCACACGUUCCUGAUUCCGGUCACGUCGUCUACGAAGUGCACUGGCAUCCCACAUAUCGGAUGCCUUGCCUGUGGUUCACAUUACACGGACUGCCAGCCGACGAGCCUGCAUUCAACCUUGACACUGUCUUUCGAAGACUGGUGCCCGAUCAGUUCAAGGAUGCUCUCCGACGGUCUAGCGGAAUUGGAGGGAUCUCCGGCGACCACCACCCUCUCACGGGAUUACCGUCAUUCUUCAUCCAUCCAUGCCUUCUCGGUGACGCCAUGUCGGGUUUCAACUGUUCCAAGGAGCAGUACAUGAUGCUAUGGCUCGGCCUGGUUGGCGGAUGCGUCGGGCUCUGGGUGCCCAAAGAGAUGGCCCUGGAUCCAACCGGCUGA